GUGAUAGCGGUGAUAAAGUUGGACUUGGUAAUGUGUUGGUAUAAACUGCCCGAACUGGUCUUUCCACUCUACAUAUUCCCGAUGCUUUUGGCCGGUUGUACUGCACACACCAUCAUUGCACAACGUUCGAAGAUACGAAACGCAGAAAUGGUUCAUUUCGAUAGUAUUCUGUUGAUAUUUGCCACAAUUCUUGCCGUCAUGACAUUCUACGGCAUUGCCAGUGCAUUCUUCCUACUGAUACAUGCGUUGUUCCCGUUGUUUCGAGAUCCGAUCAUAUAUUUGCUGGGCAAAUUGAAAAUUAUUGACAGAGUCAGCACAAGAUGUUUGCUGUGUGCACAAUUACUGUGUACAGUGCCAGUGAUUGUGUUCGCCACUUAUGCGGUUAUGAUGCUAUUCGAUUUCUUUGUACCGCUAUCGGGACGUACCGGAAAUGUGUUCAAUCCGGAAUUAAUCAUCAUGCCUCUGUCGUUUCUUACAGCAUUUUCAUUUGUUUUAUACACGAACAAUUUAAUGUAUGUGAGUCGUCGACUGGACUAUUUGAUGAAAUGUGGAUUUGCAUUAUUCGUAUUGUUUUUUGCCGUGAUCGCAACCACACGACUGGGAUGGCCAUAUCAGUACACGAAGGAAAGUCCACGACUGAGGCGUAUCGUAGCGUUGGUGCGUGGUGUUGUGGCGGAAAUAAUUUUGUUUGUUCAAAAUUCAUACAAAUCGCUUGUAGCAGAAACUGGAGAAAGAUUUGAACGAGAUGUUUUGAAAUGUUGUUGUUUUGGAGCAAAUAGUCGUCAUCGUCAGUUUGAAACAAUUAGGUUUGGGUUUGCAACUGAGAGUAUUGCUGUUGAUUUUACAUUUAAGCUCAUUUUUAGGCCGUAUUGCUUGUUUUGUUGCUUUUUGUUGGUCAUUUUAAAGGCAUUAACAAGUAUUAGUCAUUUUUUGUGA